GUGUUUGUGUGCUCCUCAGGUAUUCUGUCCGUGAAGCAGUGGUUACAUGGGCUUUGGGGCUGCCUUUCCAACCCCUCCUGCAAGAGGAGAGCACAGAACAAGCGGACAUGAGAUCCUUCCUCACGCAGGAGGAGGAGGUGCUAUAGAAGCCUGCAAGUACUUGCGAGCUGUCAGUUCAGGUGAAUAUGUGUGCCUGAUCACAGCCCUUCUUGCCCUCCUCCUGCUAGGUUGCUGCCGGAACCUGCUGUGACUCUGUGGCUUUAUACCUGCAGGUAACUUCACCCUGUCUUGUUCUCUUGCUUUGCAUGCUCAGGGGCCUGCUGUAGUGGGGAGGAGGUGUGGAAGCUCAGUGCCUGGCUUCUCUGAUUCAGCACAGAUGCUGCCGUGCAUGGUCCUGCUCAGCAGCUGUACUGCUGAGAUGUUCCUUUCCUGUGCUUACUGCAGGAAGAGCAGAGCAGGCUGCUUUCUAACAGCAACUGGUGGCUAGAAACUAAGCUAUUCCCAUUGUCACCCCAGCGGGUAUUGGCCACCACCGUGCUUCUGUGACACCUGUUGUGUCCCCAGCCUCUAUCUCACUUGCUUUCUCCAAGCUCCCUGCUUAAGGCCAGGUAAAAACUGGAGAAAAAUGUGCUCAGCCCUGGUCUUGCUCCCACCUCCCAGCUUCCCAGCCUGCCACAGUCUGUGGCAGACACAGUGCUGUGCUGUGCUGUUGUCCCUCUGGCCCCAGCCUGCUCCCACUCCUGCAGGAGCACUGAGAUGCUCUGGUACUGCAGCCAUCAACUCAUCACCUCUGAUCCACAUUAAGCAUUUUCAGCAGCUGGAGGAUGUGCUAGUUUAUCGCAGCAUCGCAGCAUCUCUUUGAAGAAGCUUACUGUUCACCCAUACUUUAUCUGUGUCUGCUUUCACACCCUCUGUCAGUUUCCUUCCUCUUCCUGCAGCCUGUGAGCUCCUGGCCAGCAACACUUGCAAGCCCUAAGCUGCAAGGCAGGUUGCUGAGAACUGCAUUGGGAACACAUCUUCAGCUCCAAAGCCAACAUCAGCCAGAGCCCUUCACACUGCAGGGCACACUGGUGGUUUGCCUGUGCUGUACUUCAGCACGGAGGCUGUGCUGGCAGUGCACACCACAGCCAACAUAAAGCUACCUGGGAAUCAGCCACACCUGCAGAGAUGUGGUCUCAGACCAUCACAUGCCAUCCACAUAUCAGGACAAUGAAUGAAUCCAAGAGCUGCAGUCUCACAGACAUAGAGGUGAAUCCCCACGUUCAUCUCACUGAAUUUUCUCUAUAUAUCCUCACUUUCUUUUUUGGAGUGAUUUUUAAUGUCCUCGCCCUGUGGGUGUUCUUCUGCAAAAUAAAGAAGUGGACAGAAACCAGGGUGUACGCCAUCAACUUGGUCUUUGCCGAUUUCUUUGUCAUCUGCACCUUGCCUUUCAUGGCAUAUUUGAUCUGGAAAAAGUCAGUCCGAAAUGAACUCUGCCAGUUUAUAGAGGCAAUGUACUUCAUCAACAUGGUGGUGAGCAUCUACAUCAUUUCAUUUAUCUCCAUCGAUCGGUACCUGGGCAUAAAGCACCCCCUGAAAGCUCGGGCCUUCAGGUCUCCAUCCAAAGCUGCUCUUCUCUGUGGGCUCCUGUGGCUCGCUGUCACCAUUGCAACCAUCUUAAAACUUCAGCAGAGAUAUGCUGACUUCUGCUUUCAGUACGAUGCCAGCACUCCCACCUCUCUGAUACUGAUUUCCAUGUUCUUCAUUUUCACUCUUCCGUUAGCAACCCUGACCUUUUGUUCCAUAGAAAUCAUCAGGAACCUUAGGAGACAGCUGAAGACAAACUCACCGGAGAAGAAGUCAAUCCAGAAAGCUCUUUAUAUCAUUUAUGCCAAUCUGACUGUGUUUCUGCUAUGUUUUCUGCCAUCCCACCUCCUGCUCAUUGCCAGGCUCAUAAUGAAUCACACUGAAACUACCUGUUCCCUGAACCACUUUUUGAAGAACUUCUCCUCCAUGACGCGGUGCAUUGCCACGUCCAACUGCUGCCUGGACUGUGUCUGCUACUACUUUGUGACCAAGGAGUUCCAGGAAGCCAUCCUGCUGCCCAAGUCCAGCGCUGCCAGAACAACUCAAACCCAUUCUGUGUAGACACACGUUUGCUAAAAAAAGGAGAAACUAAACAAAACGAAACCACAAUGAAACCAACAAAUUCUACCAUGUCAAGAGGAGAUAUGGCUGCGCUGUCAUGGGGAUAACCAUCCCCCUUUCACUCCAAGGACAGCUUUGUUAUGUGUAUCAUUGUUAGCUGUAAUUUGUACCCUGUGUUUCUGUUAAGCUGAUAAAACAUUUUACAUAGAGGUGCCAAAGUGACUCUGCAAUGGCAGUGCGUUAACGUUCCCUUCCCCUCCAUGUGUUACUCUUAUGGGAAGAAGGGUGGCCCAUGUAUGUCAGUCACGCUGUUUUAUUUCACAACUAAAGUCAACUCAACCUAAAACACAAAAGCCAACAAAAAAGUCUGUACUGUGCUUUAUCUCAUGGUGUAUCUCAGAUUGCUUGCAUUAAAACAAUCUGAUGGUGCCAGGCUGGACCCCAGGUUUGCCCUGCUGGCAGCAGUGCAGGCUCAGGGUAGCAUCGCACAGCUGGACACAACUGGACUCAGCUGGACUUCCACAGCCUGCCCACACUGUCACCUCCCACAUUUCCAUGGGUAUAAGGCAUUUGUGCUAUGAGUAAGCAGCUCAGAAAAGCCAGUGGGGAGAACAAGGGGGGAGAGGGGAAGGGGAUGGUCCCUGUGUGUUCUUUGCUGCCUUGGAAAGGGCUUUUUUCUUUCUGAAUACUGACAAAUCUCAGUAACUGCUGCCAAGUGCUGCCCAGGCACUGCCUGAAGAGAGCAGAGCACCAGAAACUGCUGUGAGGGAGCCCUGCUGUGUCCUGAGCCCUCCCUGCCCAUUUGCACAAUUUCCCCACCUCCUGACACCCACAGAACUCUCCCCUCCAUGCCAGUGUCUCCUACCUGUGCCUGGUUGGCCAUGAUUGCCAUUUCUGGUGUGGCUUAUCCCAUCACAUUGAUGAGCCACGGUAAAGAAGCAUCAUGCAGAGGACAAGCAGGAUCACCACAUCUGCCCUCACCUUCCAAACAAACAAACAAAAAACAACAAAGAGCAACAUGCCAGGACCCUUGCUCUGGGCCCACCUAUUCAGGUGCACAAGCACUGAUGUGCCCCCUAGGAAAAGCCACUGCUCCUCCCUUGCUUACUCUGCAACCACACCCAAGGCAGCACGGUAUGCUGGGCUCCCACCGGGUCCUUCUGCUGCCAAAUGGGCAAUUUGCAACCAUUGUGGGUUUUAUUUUAGAAAGGGUUUGGUUUCAGACCACUGAAAAUAUUAAAUUUUAAUUGCUCGUUCGCGUGCAUGGAAGCAGAGGGAGAGCAGGUUGGGUGCAAAAACGAAUGGUGGUGAAGCACUGAGCUGAUGGAAGAGGAACAACAGAGGGCACCAGAGCCUCAGCCGUUCUGAAGAGGAGGUGGUAAAUGAAGCAAUUUUGGGGAACAAGAGCUCAUUACUGCGCUCCAGCGCUCCUGAGCUGUCAGCAGCAGGCUCCUGGGCAGCUCUGCCCAGCACAGCAUCACCCCACUCAGCAUCACUCUGCACAGCACCCACACCCCUGGCAUCUCCUGAGCAACUGCAACCUGCCCGAGGACCUGACCCGAGGACAGCCCCA